UUACUUGUAAAAUAGACCUUUUCCGCGUUUUUAGUCUUAUUCUACAACCACAUCUCUUCUUCGUGUUCUUUACUAGUAAAGUAAAACUAUCAUAAUUAUUAUGAACUAUUUGCAGAGAGAUGGAAGAAGAAUCAGAUAAGCCAACGACUCUGAUACCACCAUUAACAAGAGACUCACGUGGUUCGCUCGAGGUGUUCAAUCCCUCAACCUACUCCACAACCAGGCCAACCAACAACAACCCAGCUGGCUUCAGCUCCCAUCCCACGUGGCAGAACUGGAAAGAGCCACGUGGCAGCAUACCGGAACCACCGGACCACCAGCUCUCCUCCUCCAAGUCUGGCAGAGCCGAAGAAAUCACUUCAUGGAUGGCUCUCAAGGACCCAACUCCACAACCACCGUCACAACCGCCGCAGACCCAGAAAACCUUAUCUGCAUUCAUCGACGAAAACAAUUCGGUAUCGGGCGAACCGGCGGUUACCGAUACGGCGGCGGUACAGAGAGCAGCCGAGUGGGGAUUGGUGCUGAAAACCGAUACAGAGACCGGAAAGCCGCAAGGCGUAUCGGUGAGGAGUUCGAGUGAGGAGGCGAAUAAUAAUAAUGAUAAUAAUAAGGCGGGCACUUCGAGAAGAAACUCGAACAACUCGGUGCGUAGCUCGGGCGAGUUAUCGGACGAUCCGAGAGGGAACAAUUUCAUUCCGAGAGUUUCGGAGGACUUAAAAGAUGCACUAUCGGCUUUUCAACAAACUUUCGUUGUGUCGGAUGCCACCAAACCCGAUUAUCCGAUAAUGUACGCGAGUGCCGGGUUCUUCAAGAUGACCGGUUACACUUCCAAAGAGAUCGUAGGAAGGAACUGCCGGUUUUUACAGGGUGCAGAUACGGACCCAGAGGAUGUAGCUAAGAUAAGGGAAGCGUUGCAGAGAGGGUCAAGUUACUGUGGAAGAUUGCUCAAUUACAAGAAGGAUGGCACUCCCUUUUGGAAUUUACUCACCAUUUCACCCAUCAAGGACGAUACUGGCAAAGUCCUUAAAUUUAUCGGAAUGCAAGUGGAGGUGAGUAAGCAUACAGAAGGGGCCAAGGAUAAGAUGUUGCGUCCCAAUGGAUUGCCCGAGUCAUUGAUUCGAUAUGAUGCUCGUCAGAAAGAAAGAGCUACUAGUUCAGUAACUGAGCUUGUGGAGGCGGUGAAGAGACCUCGUGCACUCAGUGAAUCAGCAAAUCGUCCCGUCUUCCGAAAAUCAGGAGGUGGCAGGGAAGAGGGAGAGGAGAGAGUUGAAGUUAUAGCAAGGAGAAAUUCAGAGAGUUUUGCUCCACCUAGAAGGAACUCACUCGGGGGUGGUCCAAGAAUUUCAAUGCAGCGUAUCAGUGAGUUGCCUGAAAAGAAAGAGAAAAAAUCUGGUCGCCGUUCUUUAAUGGGGAAAAUUAAGAAAAGCCAACCCAACACUGAUAUCUCUGACUCUGAGUUUGCUGAGCAUGAUGAUUGGAGUGAUGAAGAUGAUGAUGAGAGUCGUGACAGUGUUGAUGACAACACCAGAAAGAAGGAGAUGAGAAAGGGAAUUGAUCUUGCUACUACACUCGAACGUAUAGAGAAAAACUUUGUCAUUACUGAUCCAAGGCUGCCUGAUAAUCCCAUUAUUUUUGCAUCUGAUAGCUUCCUAGAGCUUACAGAAUAUAGUCGUGAAGAAAUCCUGGGAAGAAAUUGCAGGUUUCUGCAAGGACCUGAAACUGAUCCUGCAACUGUGAGGAAAAUUAGAGAGGCCAUAGACAACCAAACAGAAGUCACUGUCCAGCUCAUUAACUACACGAAGACUGGUAAAAAGUUCUGGAAUUUGUUUCAUUUGCAACCUAUGCGUGACCAAAAGGGAGAAGUACAAUACUUUAUUGGGGUACAACUAGAUGGUAGUCAGCAUGUUGAGCCACUUCGCAACUGUAUCCCGGAAGACACUGCAAAAGAGAGUGAAAAACUGGUCAUAUCAACUGCAGAAAAUGUUAAUGAGGCAGUGAGAGAACUUCCAGAUGCCAAUUUGAAACCAGAAGAUUUAUGGAUUAACCAUUCCAAGGUAGUUCAUCCAAAACCUCAUAGGAAGGGCACCACCUCUUGGAGUGCUAUCCAAAAGAUUCUAGAUAGUGGAGAGCAGAUAGGAUUGAAACAUUUUCAGCCAAUAAAACCCUUGGGAUCUGGUGAUACUGGGAGUGUGCAUUUGGUGGAAUUGUGUGGAACUGGCUUGCAUUUUGCCAUGAAGGCAAUGGAUAAAGAUGUUAUGCUCAACCGAAACAAGGUGCAUAGAGCUUGUGCAGAGAGAGAAAUCCUUGACAUGUUAGACCACCCUUUUCUUCCGGCACUCUAUGCUUCAUUUCAGACCAAAACACAUGUUUGUCUGAUAACUGAUUACUUCCCUGGUGGAGAACUCUUCAUGCUUUUGGACAGACAACCCACAAAGGCCUUGAAGGAAGAUGCAGUGAGAUUUUAUGCUGCAGAGGUAGUCAUUGCAUUGGAGUACCUUCAUUGUCUGGGGAUAAUUUACAGGGAUUUGAAGCCUGAAAAUGUUUUACUCCAGAGCAAUGGGCAUGUGUCCUUGACAGAUUUUGAUUUGUCAUGUUUGACAUCUUGCAAACCACAGCUUUUGAUUCCAGCUAUAGUUGAAAAGAAGAAGAAACGGAAGGGUCAACCAAAUCCAAUUUUUAUGGCUGAACCUAUGCGAGCAUCAAAUUCUUUUGUUGGCACUGAGGAGUACAUAGCUCCGGAAAUCAUAACUGGGGCAGGCCAUACUAGUGCGGUGGACUGGUGGGCUCUUGGCAUUCUUCUAUACGAAAUGUUCUACGCAUAUACACCAUUUAGGGGAAAGACAAGGCAAAAGACAUUUGCAAAUAUUCUUCAAAAGGAUCUUAAAUUUCCAGGAAGAAUACAGGUAAGUUUCCAUGCAAAGCAGUUAAUGUACCGAUUGUUGCACAGAGAUCCCAAAAACAGAUUGGGUUCUCGGGAAGGAGCAGAUGAAAUUAAGCGUCACCCAUUUUUCCGGGGUGUCAAUUGGGCUCUAGUUCGCUGUAUGAACCCUCCUGAACUUGAUGCUCCACUCUUUGGAACAACUGAAGCUGAGAAGGAAGCCAAAAUUGUGAAUCCGGAAUUAGAGGACCUUCAGACGAAUGUUUUUUAAUAGGUUUCCUCCGUGCUAUUUCAUGAUAAAUGUGUCUCCAUUUUUCGUUGGUCUUAUUAAUUACAAGUUCUUUGUUAUCUGCUUCAAGAAUGGAAACACAAAUAGAGAGGUUCUCAAGGGCUCCUUGUUCUAUUGGGGUGGAGUUAGAUUUUAAUUAGCCAGUGUUUGGAAGUAGCUAUUAGGAGGGAAUUAAGGUUCAAUUAUGUCCUAUGUAAUUAAUGCAUAGUGUAAUUUAAUCCCAGUUGGUUUGAACUAAAAUUUUUUGUCUAAAUUGAAUUAUUCAACCUC